UCUCUCAAAGAUGUUGUCACUAAACAUAUCAUUCAUUUACAUUCCAGGGAGAUGGCAAAGAAAUGUGAUAUGUCAUUUCUUCACUUACUACCUGCCGACGAAAACGACAAGGAUGGAAUAAAUGAAAUAUUAACAACCUUUCAAAAAUAUCAGGUCUUUGUUGGUGAUGAUGAGAAAAGAAUAUACAAUAAGCAAGGAGUGAUUGGUGAUCAGCUAUCUGUGGAACGAGGAGCGAAUGCCCAAUUUAAUUUGGUAAAUGGCUUUACGCCCCAAGAGAGAUUCGACGACAUUCAUUUUGAAAUUGCUGAUUUUCACUCGGAAAUGAAAUUCAUGCAACUUUGCAUGGACCAUUUUUACAAGAGCGGAUGUCUCGAUCGUUGCACUUUGGGUAGCGACAAAGUCAUCAUCAAUCGACGCAAUGUUGUAACAGAAGUGAAGAAAAAUUAUGCAGCUACUAAGAAAUUUCUAGGCUUAUCACUCGAAUCGCGAGUGCUAGCAGCAACACUAACAGUUCUAGGAAUUGAAAGAAUGGAUGAAAACCCAGACGAAUCUGUUGUCCCGCAUGGAUUGAGCAACUUAGGAAAGCCAGAACGUAAAAGAUUUCUGAGCGAUUUAGCUGCUAAAGUUGUUGAUGAGUUUAUUCUACAAAAGAAGACCUUUGCGCACGUGUUACAAGUAAAAGAAGACCUAGAAGAAGAACGUUUAUCUUUGGUAACAACCUCUGAUGGAAAGUUGAGAUGCCAAGAACCUUCUUGCAAAAAAACGUUUCGGUUCAACGGAAAGAGGAAGAGAGAUCAUGAGGAGAAAGCACAUGGCAUAGUAAAAGCGAAAGCAGUCCUGUCAAUUGAUAAUAAUGAUGACGAUAUGUAUAACUAUCAAUGUUCGUUGUUGGAGUAUCUUAUGCUACUAAAAAAUUUUCAAGAUGGUGUGUCGGAGGGAGAUGGCGCACGUAUUCUACGUUGUUGGAAAAUUUUUCUUUUGUAUUUAAAAGCCGACGGUCCUUCGAGUAGAAAGUAUUGCUUAGAGGGAUUAUAUCUCUUGUUCCAAGUUAAUUGUUUGUUGCCUGCUAGAGAAUCCUACCGACUCAUUUGGAAUAGAAGUGUCAAGAAGAAAUCGGGACUUGGCGGUAAUAUCCCAAUUGACUUAGCGAUGGAACAUUACAUACGUAUAGUAAAACUACUAAAGAGAAAACUUGGUCCUAAUCAGACAAACGAGAAUACUUUGCAGCGGUACAUGAAGGCACUGGGAUUUACUAAGAAUUUGCUUGAAGAUUUUGAUGAUUACACUGGGAUUAUACAAAGAUCUGGACGACAUUACAAAAGGUCAGAUUCAAAUGAUAAAGCAAAAAUUGUAGAAGAGCUCAUGAAUUCGAAAGCUUUAGUUCCUCAACCAAAAAGAAAAUAUGCUGUGUAUAAAAAUAUCAAGCCAAGCAUGCUUGCUGAUUUCAAUUUCCACCACUUUUACGACUGGAUAAACCAGCACAAAGAUGACACAGUUAAGAAAAGAAAGGCACGUUAAUAUAAUUCACAAAAGUUCCAUGUGUGAACAUGGCGAUGGCCUGUAACAUAAUGAAAAACAUUAAAGAUUU